AUGUUUGUGUUGUGUGCUUUUGUUUUGGUCAUAAGUGUUUCAAGAGGACAGUACUUUGAAGGUGACGCUUGCCUACAAAAUGGCGCCGCUGGUGUUUGUACCAACCUGGGAGGAUGCCAGUCAGCCAUAAAUGAUAUCCGGAAGAGAAAACAGCCAUUGAUAUGCAGUUUCGUUGGAACCGAUCCUAUUGUUUGCUGCGUUGAUAACAAUGAUCGAUACAUGAGGCCUGUAGCUACUACAACGAAAAGGCCGUUAACAACAACCACACAGUACGUACCACCUGUGUACGAUUACAAAGACAACGACGAUUCUGGUGACGCAUGCGAGCCGCUGGGUCCAGACAGAACAGCCACUAAGACAGGACAGAAGGCAUGGGAUAAGUGUAUAGAAUAUCAACAGACACUGGUGUACCCUUGUGAACGGAGUACAGCGUUGACGGGAGAUCUCGCUAGAGUGAACAGAUGCAACCACAAUUAUGUGGACCUGAUUGUGGGGGGAGUCCAGGCUGCAAAGAACGAGUUUCCACAUAUGGUACUUCUCGGCUUCGGGGAUACUCCUCAAACCGCACAAUGGGACUGUGGUGGUACUCUGAUUAGCGACCGCUUCAUCUUGACUGCUGGACACUGUACCUACAGCCGUGACGCUGGUCCCAUAAAGUACGCUCUGUUGGGUGUCCUCAAACGUACGGAACCCAUAAACAAUGAUGAUCUGUACAACAUCAAACGAGUUAUUAAACAUCCACAAUACGACCCACCACGACGGUACAACGAUAUCGCCCUCUUGGAAACUGAUAGACCGAUGAAACUAGGAGAAUCUGCGGUCCCGGCCUGUCUGGAUAUUGGUGCUCCAAACGACUAUAAUAGAUGUCUUGCGACUGGAUGGGGGGCGACGGAAAACCGUGGAGCAUCGUCAAACAUAUUACAAAAAGUAAUACUUGAAAAGUUUACAACGGACGAGUGUUCAAAGAUGUUCGGUCCUAACAGACUGAUGAAGAACGGUUUCGACGGACGUACACAGAUCUGUUACGGAGACAAGAAGAAAUCUAAAGAUACGUGUCAGGGUGACAGCGGUGGCCCUCUUCAAUUGAAGCACAAGCAAAUCAGCUGCAUGUACACAGUGAUUGGUAUUACGUCAUUUGGGCGGGCUUGCGGCGUUAUUGGUCAACCUGGAAUAUACACUAAAGUCGCCGCUUAUGUACCUUGGAUAGAAAGUAUUGUUUGGCCUUAA